AUGCGUGAAGCAGCUCUUCUUCAGUCCGCUUGUGCCUUAUCUAUAAUCUCAUUGGUCGCUUUGUACAGCUAUAUUCCGCGGAUGUGGAGCCGAAUGCAUGAGAUUCGCCAACUCCUCAACUCUGAGCUGCUCACAUUUUCCGAGCUUGAGUCAAAAGUUUGGCGAGAGUUGAGGGUGGAAGCUCCUCGCACAACUCGCCAAGUUUAUAAUUACUGCGAGUGCAUGUACAGUAACAAUUGCCCUCCAGGACCGCCAGGAAAGCGAGGUCCCGAUGGUAUAGAUGGUACACCAGGCGAAACUGGUCUAACUGGUCCACGAGGUCUUCCUGGAAUACUACCCGAACUGCUUUAUCAGAAACAUGAUGGCUGUAGACUUUGUCCUUAUGGCCCAAAAGGCGCCACAGGGGCUCCAGGUAUAAAUGGGGCACAGGGCCCACCAGGUUAUCCGGGUCAAGAUGGAAGAAAUGGUACACCGGGAGCUAUUGGACCUAUUGGUGAACCAGGCUUACCGGGACGAGCAGGAGAAGGUGGACAAGUUGGGCUUCCCGGAAAUCCUGGCGCAAACGGCAUCAUGGGUAUUAAAGGCUUACAUGGGGAACCCGGUGAACAUGGGCAACGUGGUUACCCAGGUGAACCGGGAAAACCCGGAGAACCUGGACAGGAAGGCCAGCAAGGAGGCGUUGGAGAAGUUGGACGCAUGGGAGCGUGGGGUCAACGUGGUGAGCCGGGACAACCUGGACCUCCUGGUCGCCCAGGUGUCCCCGGAAGAGAUGCAACAUACUGUCCGUGCCCAUUCAGAUCUACCAAGUUUUAG